AUAUUUUAAAAAAUGUGAAAACAAAAAGUUGCAGUGUUACUUACCAUGGAAGCACUGUUAUCCAAGCGUGUACAAGAAAUGGUGAGGAAUGGUGAGGAACCACCUCCACCUUAUGUUCGUAGAGAUGUUAACUAUACACAAAUCGUGCCUUCAACGUUAUGUUCACCACCCAUCAUUGAUUUUGGGCUCAUAUCUUCAUCAACACCAUUAACCAAACAAAAAGAAGAGCUGCAAAAGCUAAGAUCAGCUCUCUCCUCUUGGGGAUGCUUCCAGGCAAUAAACCAUGGCACAUCAAGCACACUUUUGGACAAGGUUCGUGAAGUUGCAAGGGAAUUUUUUACGCAGCCAAUGGAACAAAAGAAGAUAAUUUCCAAAGGGGUGAAAGAAUUUGAAGGGUAUGGUGCGGAUCCAGUUCCCGAAGAAGGUCAGUUUUUAGAUUGGUCAGAUCGUUUGUGCCUUGAUGUAUACCCUGAAAAUAGAAGGAAGUCAAGUUUGUGGCCAGAAAAUCCAUCAUCUUUUAGGAAAAUUGUGGAAGAAUACACAGCAAAUCUGAGAGGCAACAAAUCUUAUUUCUAGAGCUAUUGCUAAGUCAUUAGAUUUAGAAGAAAAUUGCUUCUUGAAUCAAUUUGGUGAACACGCACUACUGCAAGUGAGGUUCAACUACUAUUCCUGCUGUGCUCAACCUGACAUUGUGCUCGGGCUUAAACCCCAUGCAGAUGGUUCAGGGUACACCAUUAUACUGCAAGAUGACGUUGAGGGCCUCCAAGUCCACCGUAAGGAUAAGUGGUUCACAGUUUCCACAAUUUCUCAUGCCCUAUUUAUACUCAUGGGUGAUCAAAUGGAGAUUGUGGUGUGCCCAUCCAAUUUAAAAAUUGUUACUUCUUACUUAAUUCCGAAACAUGGCAUGGCAGUGGAUAUCAGGAGCAAUAUAGGUGAUAAUAGUGAUCUUUUUGACAUUGCAGAUAAUGACUAAUGGAAUUUUCAAGAGUCCUAUGCAUCGGGUAUUGGUGAACUCCAAGAGGGAAAGAAUAUCUGUUGCAAUGUUCUAUACUCCAGAGCCAAACAAAGAAAUUGGACCAGAACAAGGUUUGGUGAAUGAAGAACAACCGAAGCUGUUUAAGAAAGUGAAAGAUUAUGCUGAUACGCAUUGGGAAUAUUAUCAACGAGGAAGGAGAGCAAUUCAUGUAGCAAAAGUAUGAACCACAGUUGUUGCAUUUGUGUGUGAUUAUAAAUUCAACAAAAGAAAACAUUUAUGGUGAGAGUACACUGUUUAGUGUCUAAUGGUUGUAACAGCUGCAAGACUUUGGACUGCUAUUGAAUAUUAUUAGUUAAAUAAAAAUAAAGAUUUUUUUUUACACCAA